UUGAACACGCGCAAUUUCCAUACCCGAAGCAAUUCAAUUUCUACGACUUAUUACCUCCUAUAUACCCAAUCUUUAUACUCUCGUCUCCUCGAUUCCUCAACUAGUCAAUACUUGAGCCCUUCAGACACAAUGGCGCAAACUCCCCAGCAGCGACGACGCAACGAGGCCUUUGCCAAGGUCAAUGAGAACAAGAUGGGCAAGGCCGAGCAACAAGUCAAGAAGCGAGUCGAGAAGGUUCAGAAGUCACCUAUCUCUAUGUUCUGGCUCAGCAUCCUCGGUUUUGUCAUCUUCGGAGGUCUCGUCUUCGAGGCUCUCUCCCGAUUCUUCGGUUAAACCUUUUCUUCGAUUGACCUCUCUGUAUUACAAAACAUAAACACAAAAUGCCAAAAACAAACGACACACAAUACCCCAACCAAGCCUCGCUCGAGCGGCGCCGGCACUGCAAUUCUUUGGAGAAAUAAGAGGUGUUGGCGGCAUUUGCGCCGUGCGGUCCAUAUACGAGCGUGGGUCACCAGUCCGCCGUCCAAUGGAGCUUAAAAGGGGGUAGAGCCUGUACUGUAUUUCACUGUGGGAGCAGUUGUCUUGAUAUCACAUGGAACUUGACUUGAGGAGAAUAGGCGCAAACUGAAUUUAACAUAAAUCAAUUUCUUUACUAAGAUCAAACAAAGGGUUUAUUUCUUUG